AUGGAGGGGAGCGCAGACCAGCAUGGCGCAUUACCGCGCAGCUCGACAAGCCCCGCGAUAGCCGGCGAGCCCAAACCAGGACCACUCAGAGUCUCGCAAACUUUACCCGUUGGCGCAGGGUCGGUCACCUCGGGGUCCAGUCACAGCCAACAAGAUGCGCAGCGGAAUACUCGUCGCCCACAGCCCAUUGGCGGGCCCGUGGCGAGAAAUUCGACUUAUACGCUGCAUGAGACGAGAACUGAGAACAGCGCUAUCGACCCUUUAUCGCAGCAUAUCAUCCAGCGAACAAAUACACAAAAGUCAAUUCCCUUGAAACUGCUGGGUCGGGCUUCGUACGAGGCCGAGGCCGGCAGCACCGACAUCAACCUGUCGGAGGCCAGUACUGCUCGGGGAGAUGCAGCGUCAAACUCAAACGCUUCAAAAGAAAAGAAAAAGGGCGUCUCUUUUCUCAGCCGUCUUAUCGGCACCAGAAAGAAGGAUCAGCUCUCCGAGGCAGAAGAUGAAAUCUCAGAGCCAGAUGCCAGCCGCAUGUCCGUCGACACGUCCAAUCCGAUAGGAUUUAUUCCACGGCAUCCGGCCCCUGCGAGGUAUCUCAGAACUCGCGUGCAUUAUAAAAAGGACAAGGCUUUUGAUCGGGUGUUCCUGGCGCAGGAAUUACUAGAUGGCGCACGCGCCCCGCCCAGAGCCGCUGACAGACGGAGAUCCACCUCGGCCAGCACUCCGAAUGACGAUGGGGUUGGAAAUGCGAUUUGGGCUCUGGCGUUUUCCAAGGAUGGAAAAUUUCUUGCCGCGGCUGGUCAGGACAAGAAGGUCAGGGUAUGGGCGGUGAUCUCUACACCGGGGGAGCGUACGGAUGCCACGCAAGGAAACGAGGAUACCCCGACGGAGGAUCAGCCACCGAAACUCAAGGCGCCCGUUUUUCACCCUAAGCCGGUUCGGGUCUUUGAAGGACAUACUGGGAGUAUUUUGGAUUUGAGCUGGAGUAAAAACAACUUUCUCCUUUCAUCGUCGAUGGACAAGACUGUUCGAUUAUGGCAUGCCAGUCGGAUUGAAUGUCUCUGUUGUUUUCAACACAGCGACUUUGUCACAUCGAUUCAAUUCCACCCCCGCGACGAUAGGUUCUUCCUUGCUGGAUCGCUCGACACCAAACUACGUCUUUGGAGUAUUCCGGAUAAGAACGUGGCGUUCGUCACCACCGUCCCCGACAUGAUCACCGCAGUAUCGUUCACCCCUGACGGACGGUACUCUAUGGCUGGAUGUCUGAAUGGAUUACUCAAUAUCUACGAAACGGAGGGCUUGAAGGUCUCUGGUCAGAUCCAUGUUCGAUCUGCUCGUGGUCGCAACUCAAAAGGGAAUAAGAUCACCGGGAUCGACACUAUGACAUUUCCAAUCGACGAUCCCUACGGCGAUAUCAAAUUGCUGGUCACCAGCAAUGAUUCCCGCAUUCGAAUGUAUGAUUUCCGGGAGCGAGCGCUGGAGGCCAAGUUUCGAGGCAACGAAAAUACGUGCAGCCAGAUCCGUGCAACCUUCACCGAUGACGGUAAGCAUGUCAUCUGCGGAAGCGAGGAUCGCAGGGCAUACGUGUGGCCCAUUGGCACCGUGGAACGCGAUACGGAUAAACGAGCUGUGGAGGUAUUCGAGACGCAGUCUGCCAUUGUGACGGUGGCAAUUUCCGCCCCGGCCAAGACCAAGCAGGUCCUAAAUCUGUCAGAAGACCCAAUCUAUGAUAUCUGCAAUCCACCCCCGGUAGCUCUCAUGAGCACCGAAGAGUCAUCAAAGCAGGAAAGUCCGGCGCGAGAUCACGAGAGCGGCCACAAACGAUCAUCCUCUGCACCACGGUUAUCCAUAAUCAGCAAGAUGGCACACGAAUCACCAUCCUACAUCUCUCGCUCCAAACACGCAGACGGGAACAUCAUCGUUAUCGCCGACUACUCCGGCAAAAUCAAAGUCCUCCGACAGGACUGUGCAUACCACAAACGACGCUACGAGAACUGGGACGCGAAUUCAACAAUAUCUCGACGAAUCCUACGACGCUCCAACUCCGCUCGGAACAGCAUCGCAUCUUCCACAGGCAAGGAAUCCUCCCACAAAACCCCCUCCGAACGGAUAAUAUCCUGGCGCAACUCCGUCGUCCGCCACGGCCGUACCAGCACCGAUGGAUCCCGCUCCGGUCUACGCACACGCAGUCCCUCUCCCCCAACACCGCUCAGCAACAUUCCGCCUCUCCUCAUCUCGACCCUCCAGCCUGGCACCCAACGAAUCCCUCUCCGUAACGGCCAUAGACUCGGACCCAGCCACGGCCGCAGUCUAGCAUCAGCCUCCCACCCGGCAAACGCAGACCCACGCAACCUCCCCACCUCAUCCGCGGACCUCAUCACCAGCAGCAAAGCAAAAGAUAACCCCCUCUGGCUCCAGGGCGACCACAGCUACGCCUACUGGAACAAAAUCACACACGACGCGCUAGCUAUGAAGUCGCGGAAAGCGGAUAAUCUGCUCAGUCCGAAUCGCAUCCCGGCUGGUGGGGAGCGGAAGAUGAGUGUUGCGGGAAGCGUGUUGAGUAGUGAUUAUGCUUCUUCGGCUGGGGAGGAGGAUAUUAUGAGGUGUGAGCAUUGUCGGGGCACAAAUUUUAGGGGUGUUAAGGGGAGGGAUGGGGGCCAGAAGUUGAUUUGUGUGCAGUGUAAUCGGGCUAUUUAG